AUGCUGGCCAGUUUCCUGUCCCGCAGCCAGCGGAUGCCCAUGCUGGGCUGUGCUCUGCAAAUGCACCUCUUCAUCGCUCUGGGAGGAGCAGAGUGUUUCCUCCUGGCUGUGAUGGCCUACGACCGCUUCGUGGCCAUCUGCAAGCCCCUGCGCUACACACUCAUCAUCACCAGGGUCCUCUGUGUGCAGACGCUGGCUCUGGCGUGCGUCAGCGGCUUUGCACUCUCACUCACUCUUACCACCCUGAUAUUCCUCUUGCCCUUCUGUCAGUCCCAUGAGAUCAAUCACUUCUUCUGUGACAUCCCUGCUGUGCUGUUCCUGGCCUGCUCAGACACACGAGCCAAUGAGAUUGCUGUCUUCGUGGUCUGCACGCUCAUCCUGUUGAUUCCCUUCUUACUGAUACUGCUCUCCUACGGAUUCAUUAUCACCGCCAUCCUCAGCAUCCACUCAGCCCAGGGCAGGAGCAAAGCCUUCUCCACCUGUGCCGGGCACCUGCUGGUCUCUCUUCUGCACUAUGGCUGUGCAAUAUUCAUCUACAUUCGCCCCAAGUCAUGCUACACCCCAGAACAGGACAAGAUCGUGUCCUUAAUCUACACCAAUGUAACUCCCAUGCUCUACCCCAUGAUCUAUAGCCUCAGAAACAAGGAAGUCAAGGGUGCCAUCAGGAGACUCCUGGGGAGCUAUAACCAGAUGAGGCGGCAGCCUAAAGCCAGGUGA